AACGAAACCGAAAGUUGCAUGAGAGAGACAGAAAAAAUGAGCCUUGGGAACCACCCUGGAUUUGAUCAGAGAGACCUUUAACUCAAAAAGCACAAUGGCAGCCUGUGACCUAAAGUUUUCGAUGAUUUUUACCGUUUUUACUGUAUUUUUGUUCUGCCAGGAACUUUAUGCCUCUCCCUUCUCGAGUGUGCAUGGAAAAAGAGUCUGGAGGAAACUAGAAGUGUGUGCAGACGGUUCCUACGUGCAUGAACGCAAUACCUGUUGUAAGUGUGCAGUUGGUCAACGACUCAAACAGCACUGCAACGCCACACAUCCUGUGACAUGUGAGCUCUGUGAAUAUGGCACGUUCAACAGUAUCCCCAACAAUCUGGACCACUGUUUACCCUGCACAUCCUGCAACCAGCCCAACGCUAAUUUAGAGGAAGAGGACGCAUGCACACCGGGCCGGGAUGCAAAGUGUCGCUGUAAGAAAGAUCACUAUUGCAGCGAGACUCACGAGUGUAAAAUCUGCCAGCCUUGUGACACGUGCGAUUCUGUGGGCAUUAAAGUACCCUGCACAUCCAUCAGCGACACAAUCUGCAACACGGAACCCAAUCCUGGUGUGAUUGCUGCUAUUGUUGUCCCUUUGCUGUUAGUUAUUUUGGGGAUAUUGGCUUUCUUUGGAUAUAAAUAUUUGAAAGGAAAGAAGAUGCAGCAAGAGUUAGCGAACUGCACCGGUGGCACCAGUGAUGAGAGGAAUCCUAUUAGAGAUGAGCCAAUUCCUAUGGUGAAAGUCCAGCCUCUCAUCCUCGACAUUGCAGAAACGCUUGGAUGGAGGGACAUGAAGGAUUUAGCUAUUCGAAGCGGCAUUCCAGACACCAGAAUUGAUGCUGUACGGCUGAACCACCCCAACGACACUGAGGAGGCGUGUCAAAGUUUACUCAGGAUUUGGGUGGAGAAGACAGGCAGAAAUGCUUCAGUAGAGCUGGUCCAGAGCCUUCGACGUAGUGGGAAAAGAGACAAGGCAGAGAAGAUUUUAGAGAUUUUGAGAAAAACUCUAGAUGCAUAAGGUUUGGUUACCUCGUAGAAUUAAACACUUGAAACAUCGUUGCAAAUUUCUGUCUUUGCACAGAUGUGUAAAUAAAGUAUUUUAGGGUUAAAUGAUCUGCAGUGAUGUAUACUUGUAUGGAAGAGACUGUUGAGUGUGCUCAAAGUUACAUUUGAUGAUGAAAUAACAGGUUAGUUAUUUGUUUUACAUUUAAUUAAAUCAUUUUAAAAC